CUUCUACACUGAGAUGGGACAGUGUGAAUUACUGUGAGACCUAACAUGAAAGGAGUCUGUGUUCCCAGGAACAUAAGGAAAUGUAAAGGUUCACCAUUCAAGGGACCUGAAAAAACGAGAAGGCAGCAUUGCCAUCUGAACACUAGGAGUGAUGGGAAGUCCAUCGUCAGAGCACAUUUGUCUGGCGGGAUAGUAUUUGUCACGUGACUCAAGCCUGACCAGUGUCUAAACUGUGUUCAGGUUUGGAAAUGAAGUAGGGAGUGAGAGUCCGUUAACAAUUCUACAAGACUAAUUGCUGCACGUAGUAUUCAAAGGCGAGAUUUUUGGCACGGGAUUUGGGGCCGUGCUAAAAGCAGAAAAAAACGGUUGCUACGGGGUUUAACGGGGGCGUGUUUAGGGGCUCUCAACAGCCAGUCCUAGUGCCAAACGUUCUCAAGGGGGCGUGGCCGUGGGGAGACAGUAGCCAAUGACAGGGCCGUGAAUAGGGUGGGGCAACCAGCCAGUGCAGAGAGCCGAGUGCAGCAAUUGGGCGAGGCUGAGGACGUGAGGAACCGUAGCGUGCUCCGUCUCUUGAGCUGUUAGUUUUAAGUGUAGCUGGUACUUCAGCUACCACCAAACUUCGAGUCUCAGCUGCCGUUAAACAUCAUGGAAGAUUCUCAGAGAGAGCAAGAGCGGAUGAUACGACGCCACCUUCGCGAGAAGGAAGAGCUUCAGGCCCGCAUCCAGGGCAUGAAGAACUCGGUCCCCAAGAGCGACAAGAAGAGAAGAAAGCAGUUGCUCCUAGAUGUGGCCCGCCUCGAGGCUGAGAUGGAGCAGAAGCACCGGCAGGAAAUGGAGAGGUUCCAAGAGAGUUGCCCUGAUAACGGCAACCUCAAUUCCAUCACAGAAGAUCUUGCCAAGAUGGAUCUUGAGAACCGGCCUCCCAGCGUGUCGAGGGCACAGAAAAGGCGCGAAAGAAGGGCGGCCCUCCAGAGAGAGCGCCAGGGGAGCAUCGCCGAGGUGGAGAUGGAGCAUCUGUCCAGCUUCCGCCGUGAAGAGGAGGAGAAGCUCGCCGCCAUACUGGGACCCAAGAACCUGGAGAUGAAGGACAUCCCGGCCGACAGCCACUGCAUGUACCGCGCCAUCCAAGACCAGCUGGUGUUCUCCGUGACCGUGGAGAGCCUGCGGAACCGCACCGCCCUGUACAUGCGCAAGCACAUCGACGACUUUCUGCCCUUCUUCAGCGACCCCGAAACCGGCGACGCCUACAGCCGCGAUGACUUCUUGAGCUACUGCGACGACAUCGUGCGCAAGUCGUUGUGGGGAAGCCAGCUGGAGCUGAGGGCCCUCUCGCACGUCCUGCAGACCCCCAUCGAGGUGAUCCAGGCCGAAUCGCCCAUCAUCGUCAUUGGGAAGGAGUAUACCAAAAAGCCGCUCACCCUCGUCUAUUUGCACUACACCUGCAACCUCGGGGAGCACUACAACUCGGUGAGGCCGCUGGAGGCCGGCGCCGUCGGGGGCGCGGCCCCGCGGCUCUUCUAGGCCCCCGCGCCACUGCCGUGGCCACUGGAGCCGGAGCCGAAGCCACCGCCGCACCUCCCCAGUAGGCUCCGGUUUUUUUUUUGCUUUCGGUUUUCUCGGUUUUUUUCUUGGUUCGUUUCACUCGAAUGUCGACCCCCUCUCUCCCUCCCCUCCCCCACCCCCACGCCCGCGCUCUCCUACCUGGCAGUUCUUUCUUCUCUCAACCUUGUGUUGCUUUUGAGGGGUAGGGGGGCGGGGAGGCUCAGCACACGGGUAAUAUAAUAUCUGUAUUGUUCUACCCAAGGGGAGGGAGUAGGUUUGCUAAAGUUGAACCGCCUCUUGCCCUUAGGGGGCUUCGCCUCCCUUACCAAUGAGAAUUGUUCGCGUUGCACUUACCUUUGAGAUAAAAAUAGAAAUUUGGUUUGAUGCCUUCUUAACUUGGGAAAAAGCAGUGGAGCUCAGGAUCUUCAGAUUGUCCCAUGAAUGUAUUAUAUUGGAUUACUUAGAUAAAGUUGGAGUUUCUGUGAUCGAAAUGCUUUGUGAAUGCCUUUUGCUUACUAGUUCUUUGGGAAAAAAUGUAUCCUGGUCUAUUUUGACGGUUACUUUUUAAAGCCCAGUUGGGCUCUUCUAGAGAUGUCUCAAGUUAUGGAUAAGAGCUCCUCUAGUAUUUUGCUUUGUUUUUUUCCAUACAAACUUGUGUGGUUCCCAAUUAAUUUUAGUUAUUUAGGUAUUUGCUAAAUUCUACUUAAAGCGUUUGUUAAACUUAGAAAUUAAAUGUAAGUGCUAAACAUAGAAGUUAAAUAAUUAAAUUUACAAAAAUUGGCAGGUUAGAUAAGGUUUGCUCUAAGAUGCAAAAGAUAUCAAUUUAAUUUCCUUUAUUAAAGAUAGGAAGGGAUAUGACUUCAUUCAAGUAGUUGAUCCAUUUCAUUGUGUCUACACCAAGUAUGAGGCAAAAGGAGACAUACUGAUAAGUAGCUUAACUUACUACAAGGCUGAGAUCUGAACCAGUAAGUUUUCUUUAGUCUGUGACAUAAAAGGAUACAACUUUAUUCAAAUAGUUGAUCCAGUUUGUUGUGUCUACAAGUGGUAUAAAGUUUGAAAGAUCUGAACUUAGCAUGUUUUCCUUAAUUCUUAGAGAUAGAAAACUUUUUUAGAAGAUUUUAAUAAGUAAACAUACUUGAUCCAUUUUGUUACAUCUACAACUGGCAUGAGGCAAAAAAAGUGAGCAAGAUAGUUUUGUUGGUAUCUUUUGUUGGUUGAGGCUCAUUGAUAUCUUGAAUUUGCCAAUAGAAUAGUAUAAGUGAAAUGAUUUGCAAUAAACAGCUUACAAUGUUGUAAAUCUUUAGAUCCUGUAUUUCAGUGGGUUUACUUAAAUUCAUUGAAAAAGUUUAUUGUACACAGCAAAUGUAAAACAAAAUAUAUAAAUUCAAAAGAAUUUUUUAAAUAU